GCGGAUCGGCGAGAUUGAUGGCGAUCGCGACGGUGUUGUUGUGCGACAUUGCAAUGGCCGUGGAGCGUCGACCGUCGGGCUCGUGUUUAUGUCGUUGAACCCGCGUGGUAGCCGACAUGACAGGCAAGCAGAGUCAGCCGGAUGACAGCGAGGACAGUCAGUCGCGAAUUAAACUGAUAGCGGACAAGCGCAGACUCUUGGAGGAGAAAUCCGCUCAGACUGAGGCGGAAAUCAGAAGCUGUUUUGAAGAUCUGACAAAACUCCUGCGCUCUAGAGAGAAGCAGCUGCUGCGCCAAGCCGAAGCCGUUCACAAGCAACAGCUCUCGCUAAUAGAAACUUCAUUGGACUUCUUACCGUCGUCGGUAGCGAUCCUGGACGACAGGAGCGAGUUAGAAGAACGGAUACGCCGAUUCGGUAAUAUCGAGACACAUGGAGCAAACGGUAUCACAGUAAAGGAUGCGGAGCCGUAUAAGGUUGUAGAGUAUCAGGAUGCCAAUAAGGAUCACGUUAGUUUUGACAAAUCCAUCACCAAGAAAUCAAACCAAGAUGCCAGAGAUCACCUGCCACGCUGCAAGGAUUUUGUAUCCGACUACAGGACCGUGCGUAUCUCGAGCCUACCCUCGACGUUCCUCACCGAUAAUCAGCUGCGGGACUCGCAGAACGUAAAGGCGACGAAUGCAUUGAGGAUCUUCAAAGACCUGUCCAUAUCGAGAUGCUCACCGCUUCUAAUUAUUAAACGCAAACUCGGCCUGACACACGUAUCCUUGGACGGGCUGCACGCUUUCGACAAGGCGUAUUCACGGGACGUGCCGUCCUUCGAGGUGUCGUGCGAGACCGCGGAAUCGUGCGAGCUGGAUGCGUCGACGAACGAGGUGACCGAGACUAAUUCGCGUGAAUUUGACAAGGUCUCGGACCUUCCGAAUACGAAUUUUCCGGAAUUCCGGGAUAAUUCCGAAUUGAUUGGACGUCCGAAGGAAUGGCAGAAAAACUGUAAUAAACAUCCUGUACAGGUGCAACAAUGGUUGCAGCAGAUACUCGCGGAGACCGAAAUAGAGCCUGCGAUUCACGAAAUUGGGCAGUUUUCAGAGAUAUCCAAGGCGAAGCUCUUGCGUAACGAACUAUAAUAUUCCUAUUCGUCGAGCGAACUACAGACAUCCUUACAUUGUGUUUCAAUUGGGGCCAAAGUUUCCAAAACGAUGGAAAACAAACUGAAAAGGCUGAUCUACCUUAGAAAAGAAAAAAAAACUGCAUGCCCGAUACUCUUAGUUUAUAUAGUCUCCUGUAAAAUAGAUUCAGAAAGAUAUUCUCGCAUUGUAGCUUUCCCGUGAUCGCAGAGGAACGUGAGAGAGGAUACCGAAUUUGAAUGAUAAGGAGAGAAAGAGAAGAGAGAGAGUAAAAGAUUUAUUGUGUACAUCGAUAAAACUUUAGUACCUCUGCCACAAAUGCUUAAUGUGGUAUUCCUUGUUCGAAUACAACGAAUACUUCGCCGUUCUCAAAGCAUCAAACAGAUUGAUUUUAGAUUUUAGUGCCCUUUUGAAAAAUGUGUUUGAAAAAUCCGAAUUGUAUAAUCGAUAAGACUGUGUUUUUAUUCUACUAAAAACAUCGCGUAUUUAUUUUACCGUGUAUAAGGUUUUAAUUUAUACAGAAACACACUAGCUAUGCUUGUUGAUCAACAUAUUUUGACAGCAUAAUAAAUGAGUCUUAUUGCAACGAUUUCUUCGAGUGAUAUCUUUUUUAUAAAUAAAAAUUCACGAUUGUACGAUAAGAUUGUUGUAAAUAAUUAAUCGAUUUAACUCAUCGUCGUAUCGUAAUUCCAACCCUUUCUCAUCACUUACAUUACUAAAUUGUGCGUAUGCUUAUAAAUGUAGAUUCUGCGAUCAACUGAUUCAUUAAAUGUUCAAUAUUUUGUAGAUGUUAAAAUUACAUCAACUAUUAGCAGAAAGCUAUUAAACAGAAGCAAUCUUGGAUUA